GCAGGAUCAGAAAAACUAUGAUGGCUAAUGGCUGAUUUCAAAAGAGAUACCUGAGAUGAGGAAAUGUCAGUCAAAUGUCUUCAAGUGUGACUGUCAGGCUACUAAAGCGAGUUUGUGUUGAAACCACAAACAUAUUAAUAGUCAUGGAUGGUUAUCACAGCAUGUUCGCUACUCAAGCUUAACCUCAUAACACGGGACUCUUACACCAUGACCAACGAUCUUCCAGCAGAAGAUAACAUCAGUUUAACCUUUUUUCCUGAGAACUGUCCCAACUGCACUGCGAUACCUGCAUUUGACAUCACUAAGACGCUGGCUCUGGGCCUGGUCCUGGUGCUCUUUAUAAUAUUCGGUGUGAUGGGCAACAUCCUGGUCAUCCUCUCUGUGGUGUGCCAUCGCCAUCUCCGUUCCGUGCCACAUUAUUUUAUCGCCAAUCUGGCCAUUGCAGACCUGCUUCUGAGCUCCAUGGUGCUCCCGUUUUCCGCUGCAUCUGAAGCCUUGGGGCGUUGGGUGUUCGGCCGUCAUUUAUGUAACGCCUGGACUGCGCUUGACGUGCUGUGCUGCACGGCAUCCAUCCUCAGUCUCUGCGUGAUCUCUGUGGAUCGCUACAUGGCCGUCAGUUACCCGCUGCAGUACCCUUCCUUGGCUACAGGUCAAAGGGCACUGGUGGCAGUGGUGGCUGUAUGGGCUCUUUCGGCUGCCAUCUCCGUCGGCCCGCUGUUCGGUUGGAGGGAGCCCAUGCCGGAGGACGAGUCGGUCUGCAGAGUGAAUGAAGAUCUGGGAUAUGCCAUCUUCUCUGCUGCAUGCUCCUUCUACGUGCCGUUGGCAGUGAUUUUGGCAAUGUACUGCAGAGUGUAUGUGGUAGCCCAGCAAAAGACUCGUUCCAUGAGGAAGGGCUGGCAAACGAAUGAGUUAGAUGAGCAGGGAGUGACCCUGCGGAUCCACUGUCGCAACGCCCAGCAUGCCGCUGGGACAGAGGAAGCAGUGCGCCCGAAGAACUCGUGCUUCGCCUUCAUGCGUCUGCUCAAGUUCUCCCAGGAGAAGAAGGCGGCCAAGACUCUGGGGAUUGUGGUGGGAUGUUUUGUGCUCUGCUGGCUGCCUUUUUUCCUAGUGCUGCCCAUAAGCUCCAUCUUUCCAUCCCAUAGACCCCCGGACACUGUCUUCAAAAUUACUUUCUGGCUUGGCUACUUAAAUAGCUGCCUCAACCCCAUCAUCUACCCGUGCUUCAGUCAGGAGUUCAAGAAGGCCUUCCUGAACGUUCUCCGUGGCCAAUGCCUCAGAAGAACACACAGGAUCUGGAGCCCUCCGGCAUCUGCUCGAGACCCUAUGCAUGGCCCCAAAUCUCCACAGGGUUUCCCAUCUACAUCUACUGACUCCGGGAGGCCUGCUAAUGCAUCGCCGACCACGAAUAAGAACUCAUUUACUCCACAUAGCAACAGUGCUCUGAAUGCACCUGAAACAUCUCUGAUAAUGAAAGUUCAUAAGGUUUCAACAUGCACGAUGGACGGUGAGGCUGUAUGAACUGUUUUUGAAAGAAUAAAAGAUAACCUUUCAAAGUUGUUUGCAAAGACAAGGUUCUGAGCCUUGAACACGAAUGACCAGAGAUCUGGCUAAUUCUUAUUUAUAAGAGCGCCACCUUGUGGCAACAUCUUUAACAUGCAUCUGCACUUUCGUGAAGUUUAACUGAGGAUUCAUCCUUUGGACUGUAAAAAAUAAAAAAAAGCUUGGUAAUGAAAU